UUCGACUGCUUCAGUGCUGGUGGUAGCGGGGGUGUGGAUUGCAGAUUACGAGUAUUGGUGUGGUCAGCGCUACUCGCUGCGCUGUUGCGACGUGACGGUGAUUCUGAAGGCGACGUGUUUGUGGAUGACGAUGAGUGAUGAUGGAUUAUCGCUACUGUCGAAGGUAGAUUCGAAGUUGGCGUUGAGCUGCUGCUGCUGUGCAAACACGAUUUACGACCUGUAUCACCACCUGCAAUCAAAUAAAUAUCAUUUUCAAACAUCAAAUAUCAGUUUAAACAGGGAUGCAAAAACCCGCAGAGCCGUAAAGGAGAGGUAG